AUGUCUGACGAUCCUAAAAACGACGGUGAUAACGCUCAAGAUGAUAUUGCCUCUAAGUUACUUAAGAACCUAGAAGGAGGUUCAGUGGAGCCAGAUAACCAAAAUAAGAUCUCAAAUAAGGAUCUAGCUUAUGUAUUCCACCAAAACAGAGAUAAUUUCCCUGCUAAGCCUUACUACGAGGAUGGUAACCCAGAAAUGUAUAUAAAAGAACACAUUGAGAAACGCAGACUUUUGAUGCAAAACGAAACAGUAGUUGAUGCUAUUAAUGAUUUCAUGACUGAGUUCAAGAAAAAUGGACAAGGCCACGUUUCAAAGGACGAGUAUUUCAGAGUGUUCUUGAAUGUAGGCAUGAUCCUCAGACCAGGUAUUGAUGCUGAUGACUUGUAAAAAAUUAUUAAGGAAGAGUUUGAUAACGAUACAAGCGACUCAAAAGUGCUUUUUGUAACUGAGGAGGAUUAAAAGAAUCAAGCUGAGAUUGAUCAGAGAAAUCAACAAUCAUAAAUGUCAGCACCCAAGACCUAUGAUUAUAUCGACUAGCAGAAACUCUUCAGAGCACUUUUUGAACUAGCAGACACAUGGUGCCCAAACAUUGAUGAGUUCGAGUAUAAAGAGUUCUUCUAGCAACUAAAGUUCAGACUCAAGUAUGCAGGUCAGCAAGAUACCUCUGCUUAUGACGUACUAUGA